GCUGUUUUUCAGACACUUUUUCGAUUAUAGAUCUGCCCUAUCAAUAUUCUCCGUAAGACCGCUUUGUUCCAAGAGUCAAAGCAUCACUCAAAAUGAGAUUACUGCUAAUCAUAGUUUAUGUCUUGGCACUCUCUUCUUGGAUCAAGGGUCAAUGGACUGGUCACAGAGGACAGAGAGCAGUGAGGAGCGGGACUUACUCCCUAACGCCUUCCAUUGCCGUGAGAGGUCAUUCGCAUACUGUCACCCCAACGGGAAAAGCUCUACCCAUUGUCUAUGUCGGAAAGGGGUUAUCAACUCCCAUACCUAUUCCCACCUCCUCCGAUAAGGUCCUAACCAUUCCUGGCUCCCAAGACUUUUUACCAAAUUCCGCUCCCAACAGUGAAUGCUCUGAACUGGUUUCAGUUAGGGGAGGUACCAUAUUGAUCCCCGGCGCUGGAGGUGUCCUACCAGUUCCCGGAAGUAAAGGUGCCUUGAUGAUUCCCGGCUGCAUAAGUAUAGCUAACUUUCAGAACCGGGACAGAGUCAUCGCCUCUUCUGCAGACGUUUCCAUCGAAGGCAGCAGCAAAUUUGGGUCGAGAAACCCUGGUGACCAAAAAGCCGGCAAAAGUAAAUACGAAAUCAUUGAUUUGAGGAGUUCCUGAAAGUUAUACUAUACUUACUAUGUAUUAAAAAAUGUAAACUUCUGUAUUUCGUUGAUGUACAUUUUUUACAGACUUGAAGAAUUGUUAGUACUUGUACGUUUAUUCUUUGAUAAGA